AUGGGCAACACAGCUCUGCAUAUGGCGGCAGUGGCUGGGCUGCAGGAGACGGUGAUGAUUCUCAUCGAGAAAGGCGCAAAGCUGGAGCACCGAAAUCGAGUAAGUUUUAGUUUGGCUCUUUAUGGCUUGUGCUGGUCCAACUUCAGGACAGGAUUGGGAUUUGGCCGCUGGGUCGUGCUUUGUGCCGAUUGGCGUCCAAUCGUGGAUUCUGGGACUUGGUGA